AUGAUCCAACUCAAUCCUGCAAGCCAGGACACUCAAGAGGGCUUUGCUUCCUCUACCAUCGGAAUCCAAGCUGAUUCAGAGAACAACGACUAUGUGGGCGCAUCUACGACCCGUACCACUUCGUCGUCCCAGCAUAUUGACCCCUAUGAAAUGAUGGAAGGAGUUCCUCCCUCUCCGGCUAGUUCUGCUUUCUCCACACCUCUGCCCGAGCUAUUGGAACCGCCACAGUCCCCGACCUUGCAGAUCGAACCAGAGUUCUUCUGGCAAUGUGUUCAGUUUGAGGUCCAAGGACAUCUCGUGAAACUCCCUCUAAACCUCUUCAUUGAACAUUCAGAGAAGUUCGCAGGCGAGUACGGGAUGUUACUACCCAAGGAGGUCGCACUGGGAGGCUGGGAAGAGCCGAAGUUGAAUGAUCACCUCGAUCUGCCGACCAUCAAACUCGAAGGAAUCCAAUGGGAGGAAUUUAAGAGUUUCCUGAAAGCUUUAGUACCACGAUCCCCAUUCAUCGACACCAAACCAACGCUCACCGAGUCGGAGUGGAUCUCCGUCCUCAAACUCUCCACUCGAUGGUACUUCAACGACCUGCGAAAGGUAGCCAUCGCCGAACUAUCAAAGAAUAAAGUCGAGAUGGACCCUAUUCAACGUGUUUGCCUCGCCAAAGCGUACCAUGUGUACGACUGGCUGCUCGAAGGAUACGAAGCGCUCGUGGAGAGGGAAGAGCCGAUCACAGAGGAAGAGGGGGAGCAGAUCGGUAUGGGCGUGGCCCUGAAGUUGUGUGGGAUCGCUCUGAGAAGAGCUAGGGGGAGAAUCUGCUGUGGGGGAGGCUGUCGGAAGAGUGCACGACCACGACUACCACCACCUCCUGGAGGCCAUCACAAUCAGGACAUAACGGACGCCUUUUCAGACGAAAUCGAGAGAGUGCGAAAUUCGCAGGAGGAGUACUUGACACGGAAAGAACGAGUCGAGAAGGAGGAGAAGGAGAGGGAGGGGAGGGAAGCGGAGGAAAAGGCUCAACUGGAACGGGAAGCAAAUGAACGUGUCAGGCGGGCGAAGGAGGAGGCGGAGGAGGAAGAAGCCAAACGAGCGAUGGCACUGAAGGAGGAAACAGAACGUGUUGCACGCGAAGCCGAGGAGGAGGCCAGGCGAAAGGCACGGGAAGAGGAGGAAAUCGAACGUCUUAAGCGCGAGGCGGAGGAAGAGGCGAAACGAAAGGAACGGGAAGAAGAGGAGAAAGCUGAAAGGAUGAAACAGGAAGCGGAGGAGGAAGCCAAACGGAAGGCGCGAGAAGAGGAGGAAGGAAUGGAACAGCUGGCACGGGAAGCGGAGGAGGCGGCCAAGCGAAAGGCGCGGGAAGAGGAGGAAGAAAUGGAACGGCUGGCACGGGAACUCGAAGCAGAGAAAGUUGAAGAAGGACCACUGAAGGUCCUUGAAGACCUGAUUGAAAUGGUGCAACUAGCACAGGAAUUGGGGGAGGGGGCCAAGCGACUUGUAGCGAGGGAAGCGGAUGAAACAACCGAGUCAGAAGGACGGGAAGAGAUCGAAGAGAUCAAACGAACUCGAAAGGAGGAAGAGGGGGAAGAGCAGAAGGAAGUUGAAAUCACACCUGGUACCAAGAAACUGUCCCGAAAGGAGAAAAGGAAGAUAAGACGCCAAAACCAAAAACGGAGGCAUCUAGAACAGGAAGCCUCUGAAGCCGCCCAGCCUGAACCGACAUCUUCCCCUGGAUCCCAAACAGGCGCAAGCGCCGCUGGUUGUUCCUCAAACCCUAGGCCACACGCACACGCUGGACCGAAACCUCAGGCUGGCGCAACGAUCACCCCAGAAUCAAGUUCUGUACUAGUAGAGGGUGGAAGCCCAGAGGGAGGAUCGAUAUCAAGGCCACCACCUGGACGACCUGGCAGGCUAUCCCUUUCAGAGCGACUUGCCAUUUCCCUCGCGCGGUUCCAGCAGCUACCCAGCGACUCGGACAACAGUGUAUGA